AUGGCGGGCACAAGAAAUUACGACUUUUUGAUCAAGUUGCUGUUGAUCGGAGACUCGGGUGUAGGCAAGUCAUGCUGUCUCCUGCGUUUCAGUGAGGACUCUUUCACCCCCUCCUUCAUUACCACAAUCGGUAUCGAUUUCAAAAUCCGUACGAUCGAAUUGGAUGGCAAGAGGGUGAAGCUACAGAUCUGGGAUACGGCCGGCCAGGAACGCUUCCGUACCAUCACCACAGCAUACUACCGUGGUGCCAUGGGUAUUCUCCUUGUCUACGAUGUGACCGAUGAGAAGUCUUUCCAAAAUAUCCGUACCUGGUUUUCCAACGUUGAACAACAUGCCAGUGAAGGGGUACACAAGAUUUUGAUUGGUAACAAGUGUGACUGGGAAGAGAAGAGAGCCGUCUCCACCGAACAAGGACAACAACUAGCCGAUGAACUUGGCAUCCCCUUCCUGGAAGUCUCUGCGAAGAACAACGUCAACAUCGAGAAGGCAUUCUACAACCUCGCAUCAGACAUCAAGAAGGGUAUGGAUACCUCAAAGACUGAAUCAUCUGGCUCUCAGGGCGUCAACAUAGAUCAGCAGGGCUCUGGUCUCAACGGUGGCUCUGGAGGAAAGUGCUGCUAG